AUGUUUCCGUGUCUCGUCACAAAUCCAACGGAGCAGGGCUUGCGCAAGUUCUCUUCCGUUCCUAUCCCAACGCCUUCUUCGCAAGAUAUCCGCAGAAUUUGUGACAACCAAGGCGUUACAUUGCAUCAGUUGAUGUACGCCGCAUGGGCUGUUGUUCUCCAAGUUUACACCAGUGCCGAUUCGGUGGUCUUCGGAUCUCUACAAGGGGUAUCAGGUUUACGCUCGCAUUGUUUUGAGCUGAGACACGAUUCACCACCUCUGCUUUCCGUGAACGAUGGAAAGCCCAUAGAUGGCUCGCCCAGCGGCUUCAAUACUGCCGUUAUGUUCAACCUGACGGGCUGCCCGCCGCCAGAGAUCAAGGUUCUUGUGCACGUCAACGAUGAUGAGGAUGAAAUCAGCGUCGCGUUACGUUACUGCUCAUCCAUAUUACUUCCGGACCAGGCAAGCCAUGCCGCACGAGCAAUGGGACAGGCAGUGUCGAGUAUAGUACGAGACCCGUUAUUGCCAGUCAAGAAGAUUCAGCUCGUCAGUUCGCAGGAUAUUUCUCUGCUCUUGGAACAGAGGAGAAGCCUACCCAUCACUGUUCAAAAUCGCCUAGAUCAUCUUAUCCGCCAGCAAUGUCGGAAUCACCCACAAUCUACGGCAAUUGAUGCUUGGGAUGGAAGGUUAACUUAUCAUGAUCUGGAUUUGCUCAGCGAUAAGCUUGCCAACCGCCUUUACAGAGUAGGGGUUAAGCCAGGAACGUUUGUCCCGUUAUACUUUGAGAAAUCCAAAUGGACUACGGUAGCAAUUCUAGGGGUCAUCAAGGCCGGUGGGGCCUUCGUGCUUUUCAGCCCGUCACUCCCACUCCAUCGGCUCCAAGGGAUGAUAACUCGGCUGGAGGCAAGCAUAAUUGUUUGCUCUAACUGCCUUGAGGAAAGAGCUGGCCAGCUUGCUCCUACAGUGAUAACUGUCACUAACUACCAAGACGAGAAGUUCACGUCGGAGUACAGACCUUGCUCGGAUCAUCACCUCAGAAGUCCACUGGGCGCCCUCUACGCUUCGUUCACGUCGGGCUCCACAGGUACUCCGAAAUGCGCGGUAAUCUCGCACUCCGCAUAUAUCGCGGCGGCGACAGCCCAGAUAAACCCCAUGAGGCUCUCAUCAACUUCUCGUGUCCUGCAAUAUUCCUCGUACACGUUUGACGCAGCGAUAAACGAAACAUUAUGCACGCUGUUAGCUGGCGGGCUUCUCUGUGUACCCUCAGCGGAAGCCCUGGAAGACUUGAGUCCGACCAUUACCCAGUUUAGCGUCAACUGGAUGAUCCUUACACCCAGCGUCGCUAGGAUACUCAAGCCUACAGACUCGCCAUCAUUACGUACCCUCCUCCUCGUAGGCGAGGCAGUGACGCGCCAGGAUAUACGGCAGUGGGUAGAAGCUGUCCAUCUCAUCAUUGCUUAUGGACCAACAGAAUGUACCCCUUGCACAACUAUGCUGCCAGAGGUGCAGGGCCCGGAGGAUACGCAUUGCAUCGGGAUUGGGAUCGGAGCCAGAUGCUGGAUCACAGACGCCGAUAAUCCUGAGAAACCUCUGCCAAUGGGAGCCCCCGGGGAGCUUCUAAUCGAAGGGCCGAUAGUUGGAGAAGGCUACUUAGGGGACCCGGAAAGAAGUAGAGCAUCAUUCAUCGAUCCUCCCACGUGGCUUCUGCAGACAGGGAAAGCUAUCUCUAGAAAGCUCUAUCGAACAGGCGACAUUGUUAGAUAUGUCAGCGCUGACAGAAUGAAAUACGUUGGGCGAAAGGACGGCCAAGUUAAGAUAAACGGCCAGCGUCUUGAGCUCCAGGAGGUCGAGCACGUCUUGAAAGAAUCAUACAAUAAAACAAUGAACGAAGUUAUAGUUGAUGUGAUUGUCCCACGCGAUGGGCACCGACGUACAUUAGUGGCAUUCGUUGUACAACCCGGUGCCUCAAGAACGAGUGAUGAGAUGAACAUCGAUGACUUGCUGAUGAAGCCGACUGAUGCAUUUCGUCAGCAAACAGCAACAGUGUCCUCCCUCAUUUCAAGGCGCUUACCCAGAUACAUGAUACCAUCUGUCUUCCUACCAUUGACGGCUUUACCAGUCACGCAGACAUCGAAGAUUAACCGCGCUCAGCUCCGGUCAGUGGCGCAGGCUCUGUCGCAGCAGGCAUUAGCGUCAUAUGCGGCUAUAAAGAGCGAAACAGUGCUUCCCUCGACCACGCAGGAGCAUCUCUUGCUUAGACUUGUAAAGGAUGUCCUGUCUCUGGACGCUCCAGACAUAAAUGACGAUUUCUUUCAUCUGGGAGGGGACUCUAUCUCUGCUAUACAACUCAUCGGCCGAGCAAGGCAGGAAGGUCUUCAAUUGCAAGUAUCUGACGUCCUUGCGCACCCCGUUCUCAGUGAUCUUGCAAAAUUGACUGAGCAAAAUGCUAUGCCCCAGUUUUGUGGUGCUUCGAAGGUGCAGACCUUCGGCCUACUGCCUACUGGGACUAACCUCGAGUCGCUUUUUGAAGAAGCCUCAAGACAAUGUGGUAUUACAUGCGAUGAUAUUGAAGAUGUUUAUCCAUGUACUCCUCUUCAGGAAGGAAUGAUGGCGAUGACAGCAACGCAAGGAGGUCUCUACUCUUGUCAAACGGCCUUUUCAAUUCCUCUUCAUGUAGAUAUCUCGCGUCUAAAAGCCGCAUGGAAUAGGACGGCUGAGACGAACCCUAUACUCCGAACAAGAAUCGUCCACACAACUGGUGGUAAGACGUUGCAGGUAGUUGUCAAACCGUCGGAUUUAUGGGAGCAUGAUGGAUUUCAGGGAAGUGAUAUGAGCGGGCAUCUUUUUGGUCUGGGAAAACGUCUAAUUCGGUUGGCACUUACGGAAGGCACUACUUCUUACUCUUUAAGCCUGCGAAUGCAUCACGCAAUCUAUGAUGGAUGGUCACUGCCGCUGCUACUAGAACAAGUGGCAACAGCUUAUUCUGGUGGACUACUACAGUGUCGCCCAUUUACACCGUUCAUCGAGUAUGUGAUUGGAUCCGAUCUUCAGUCUCAGCGCGACUUUUGGGCGGAACAUCUGCGAGAUACACCAAGCGUUCCUUUCCCUCCGGUGCUUCCCUCAUCGCGUGCAAGUAAAUCGCCCCAAGUUAUUGCGGAGCAAACUCUCGGUUUGCAGGCAGAACCAUGCCAAGGGAUCACCCUUGCAACAUGCAUCCGACUCGCUUGGGCUUUGACUGUCUCUUCCUAUACCGGCUCACAUGAUGUAGUAAUGGGCUUGACAUCCUCUGGUCGAAGCGCGCCGGUUGACAACAUUGACCUUUGUACGGGACCGACUAUUACGACAAUGCCCUUCAAAGUCAAACUCUGCCCACAGAAGUGUGUGAGGGACGUCCUCUCCAAUAUCCAACGCCUGUUUGCUGGUUGGACAGCUCAUGAGCAUUUUGGCAUGCCUAAACUGAGGGGUCUCAGUGCUGAGUAUAGCGCGGCGUGUAAUUUUCAAAAUCUUCUUGUUAUUCAGCCAUCAACCUUAAGGGAAACAAAAGUGCCUGAUGUGCUUGGGACGCUUUCUGAAGGCAGCUUUGAUGUGGAGAGGAACGGGUAUCCGCUUGUUAUGGAGUGUUUCUUAGGCACAGCCUCUGUGACCUUCAAAGCCACUUUCGCUCCUGGAGCAGUACAUAGUCGUCAAAUGUCCAAAAUUCUCAGCCACUUCUCACACGCUUUGUCGCAAAUUCUUUUGGCGCCUCAUGCUACACUCGAAGAGAUAUCUACAAUCAGCCCUGACGAUAUGGAGUGUUUGAAGAACUGGAAUCCAAUACGGUUGUCGCCUGUUGAAGACUGUAUCCACGGGCUUAUUGAGAGGCAUGCUACUGCUCGACCCACUGAGCCUGCUAUCUCUUCCUGGGAUGGCAAUCUGACAUAUGAGCAGCUGAUCACCCUGUCUUCUAGGCUGGCAGACCUGUUGAUAGAACACGCCGUUGGUCCAGAAGUAGUGGUUCCGAUAUAUACAGAGCGAUCCAAGUGGACUGCCGUGGCUAUGUUGGCGGUUCUCAAAGCGGGUGGUGCUUUUCUGUUGCUUGAUCCGUCCCACCCUAGCAGUAGGAUUGAAGGAUUAUGUCGAAAAGUGGAAGCUCCUACUAUCAUCGUGUCGUCGUCUCUCUUGAACAGCCACUCGCCAGACUUUUCACCAAUGCACAUCCUUUCGGUGGGAGAAUCAGGAAGUAUUACGGAUGUGACCACACUGUCUGGUCAACAACAAGCCAGAGCCCCAGUCGCCUCAGUGAGCCCAUACAAUGCUGCCUAUGUUGUGUUCACCUCAGGCUCAACGGGCACACCAAAAGGAGUCAUUAUUGAACAUAGGUCUUUCAUAGCUAAUGUAUUAGCGGGCACUGGGGGCAAAUGCACUGACAAGGCCCGUGUUCUUCAACUUGCUUCAGCCACGUUUGAUGCCAGUAUCGCGGAAAUACUCUUUACAUUGGUCGCAGGGGGGUGUAUAUGUGUACCGCGAGAGGCGGAUCGAUACACCAAUUUAGUCGAGUAUGUCCGGUCUUUUGCGAUCAACUUUUUGUACCUUACACCAUCUAUCGCGCGAGGUCUAGAACCUGAUCAACUCUCGCAUCUCGAAGCUCUAGCCCUCGUUGGCGAGCCCAUGAAUGAAGGCGACAUAGCCACCUGGGCUAAUCAUGUGGAUCUAGUGAAUGCAUACGGCCCAUCAGAAUGUUCCAUCGUGACCUGCUUUCAGCAACCAGUAACUCUCUCCACGGACCACCGCAAUAUAGGCAUUUCCGCUUCUGCAUCAUGCUGGAUAGUGGACCCCGAGGAUCAUGACACUCUCCUCCCGAUCGGAGCUGUGGGUGAGCUUCUCGUCGAAGGACCCAUUGUGGGGCGCGGAUACCUAAAUGACCCUGAGAAAACUGCCGCAGCAUUCAUACCGGCUCCCCCGUGGCUACAUAAGAUCCGAGGCGGGCAGCCACAUAGCAUAUACAAGACCGGUGACCUCGUACAGUACGCUCCCCAACUUGACGGCUCGCUCUUGUAUCUCGGGCGGAAGGAUACACAAGUUAAGCUUCGCGGGCAGCGCAUUGAGCUGGGCGAGGUGGAGCACUACAUUCUUCGAUGCGCGGCGAAGAUCCUAAGGACUGUGAUUGUUGAACUGGUGGCGGCUGUUGACAGACCUCCUGCUCUAGUUGCAUUUCUUUUGACGACCGAAGAGGAUACGGCAGAUGUGCCCGAUUGUGGUGGUAUCCUGCGCAGUUUAACACCGCGGUUCCAGUCACUUGUCCAACAUAUUCGACAGUCUCUAAAGAGCGAGCUUCCCUCCUAUAUGAUUCCCACAAGGUUCCUGCCUCUAGACCAUGUACCCAAAGCCUCAACUGGCAAGGCGGACAGACGACAACUUCGUGAGGCAGCUGCGAGCCUUCCUCUGACAUCGAUGGACGACGUUGCUGAGAAGGUAGUCUCACGGCUGCCUGUGACUGAAGCCGAGCGUAUCCUACAGGAACUUGUUGAGGAUGUGCUUCAACUUAGCAAAGACGCUGUCAGCAUGGAGAGCAACUUUUUCCAUCUUGGUGGAGACUCACUGACAGCGAUCAGGCUGAUAUCACGCAUCAAACGCCUCGGGUGGCAUAACAUAAACGGAACUGACAUAUAUCAGCACCCAGUCCUAUCGGAUUUAGCAUUGAAAUUAGAUAACUCGGCUCAGCUUCCAGAUACCCCUUGA